GCCCUCCUCAGUGUGUGUAGUUCACCAAAUAACUUGCAUGAUACGUCUCGACUGUGAGUCAAUUUUGGCUGCUUAUCCACCACAGUUGAAUAUACUCCAACAUCUUUGAAGGCCUGAACUUUGAAAGCUUGGCUCUCUGCAUAAAACAGAAUGUCUAAAAGUGAACCAGAAGAGAUGAUAGAGAUCGAGAUCGAUGAACGGGAGAAACAGGCGUGCCUGGAGGAGGGUGUUGAGGAGCAGACGAUCACUGCAUCCGAUUUGAUUCAGCAAGACAUCGACAUCAAUGAGCCCAUUGGCAAUUUGAAGAAGCUUUUGGAGCCCCGUAUCCAAAUAUCACUGGAUGCUUAUGAGAUCUGCUUGCAGGACAUUCAGCUUCACCCUGACCACAGCCUCUUCGAUCAGGGAGUAAAGACAGAUGGCACAGUGCAGCUCAGCCUGCAGAUUAUAGCCAAACCAGGUGAGGAGAAGCUGAACAUCUUGGAAAUAGUGAAGCCGGUAGAAACAGUAGAAGUGGUGAUUGAUCCAGAUGCAGCAGGAGAGGAGGGUGCUCUGGUGGAGGAGGGUCAGCUGAUUGCUGUGGAGAGGUCUGGCCUCUCUGAUGAGACGUCAGAACAGGUUACACGCUGGGCUGCAGCACUUGAAGGCUACCGCAAAGAGCAGGUCCGGCUGGGAAUUCCAUAUGACCCCGUGCUGUGGUCGGCUGACCAGGUGAUCCACUGGGCUGUGUGGGUGAUGAAGGAGUUUAACAUUGACGAGAUGGAAAUAGGCAGCAUUCACAUCCCAGGUCGAGAGCUCUGCGCUUUCAGCCAAGACGAGUUCCUUCAGAAAGUGCCCAAUGGCGAGAUACUCUGGAGUCACCUGGAACUCUUACGCAAAUAUGUGUUGGCCAGCCAGGACCAGUCUGGAGGGGACGCCACAGUCACUAUUGAUCAACCUGUGCAGAUAAUCCCAGCUCAGGUGAGCACACCUACCGCCAUAAAGGUACUGAAGCAGAGUCGUGGCCCCAGAACUCCACGUAUUUCAGGAGGAGAGGAGCGCAGCUCACCUGGCAACCGCACAGGUAACAACGGUCAGAUCCAACUGUGGCAGUUCCUACUAGAGCUGUUGACAGACAAGGAUGCAAGAGACUGCAUCUCCUGGGUGGGUGAAGAAGGAGAGUUCAAACUCAACCAGCCUGAACUUGUGGCUCAGAAAUGGGGCCAGCGCAAGAACAAGCCUACUAUGAAUUAUGAGAAACUCAGCAGAGCCCUCAGAUAUUACUACGACGGGGACAUGAUCAGCAAGGUGCAGGGCAAGCGCUUUGUCUACAAGUUUGUGUGCGACCUGAGGACUCUGAUUGGCUACAGCGCUGCUGAGCUGAACAACCUGGUGACUGAGUGUGAGCAGAAGAAACUGGCUCGCAUGCAGAUGCACGGCAUUGGUCAGCCCAUCACUACAGUGACCUUGGCCACGACACUAGACAAGGACAGUUGAAGGAGGCCGCAUUACAGCGCUCUCCAGCUGCCACAGGCAAAGUUAACUCUCCACCGCUGACUGGAAAUCAAAUCAACUUUUUUUCUUUUUUUGACACAGCUGUGUUCAUCAAGCACAGAAAUGCAAGGCUGAUGCCCGAUCAGUGUGGAUUAACAACUUUGUCAAUGUCUUUUAGUCCAGUUAGACUGAGGCAGGUAAAACAUUUUUUUUCUUAGCUUUUCUUUAACUCUAACCAGGAGAAGUGUGUUGAGGAUGAGGUGGGGAAUGUUUGAGUGAUUACUGAGUGAUGCUGUUGUGCAUGUGACUGAAUGCUUGAACGUGUGACUGAAAACCGAGUUAUGAGCUUUGUGUAAUGUAUUCCUUGUCUGUAGUUUAGGAUUGUUUCCAUUGUAUAUACCGGUACUUCAUGUUUUUGAUAGCCACAAGGGCAAGUGUAUUUUCAUAUUUUCCAUUUAUAGAGCACCUGUUUUGUAUUUUAUUUAGUGUUUGUUCCCUAAAUUGUUGGACCCUUUUUUGUCCACUAGAGGGAAUAAAGUGGCAAGCAUUUUU